GCCAUUGUGCAUUCCAGAACUCUAUCAAUACAGGAAGCCACCAAUAAUGUCGUACUUGCUGCCUCACCUGGAGAGUGGCUGGGCCGUGGACCAGGCCAUCCUGAACGAGGGCGACCGCGUGGUGGUGAUUCGCUUUGGCCAUGACCACGAUCCGACCUGCAUGCAGAUGGACGAGGUGCUCUGUGGCAUUGCUGAGGACGUCAAGAACUUUGCCGUUAUUUACGUCGUGGACAUCACCGAGGUGCCCGAUUUCAACACCAUGUACGAGCUCUACGACCCCUGCACUGUCAUGUUUUUCUUCCGCAACAAGCACAUCAUGAUAGACCUGGGCACGGGCAACAACAACAAGAUCAACUGGGCUUUCAACAACAAAGGCGAGAUGAUCGACAUCAUCGAGACAGUCUAUCGCGGCGCACGCAAGGGCCGUGGCCUUGUCAUCUCGCCCAAAGACUACUCUACCAAGUACAGAUACUAAGCUCACUGAGCUACAGGACUCCAUUAUAAUAUUGUUGAUGGCUGAAGACGGAAAAGGAAGACUGCUGAACGCUGUGGAGCUUCGAUCAGGAAACCGUUGGAGCUAUGGGUUGGCACACUAGAGGAUGACGGAAUUAGCCACGCAGUUGGCGUCGCGACAGGAUGUCGAAGAAGUACUGGCAUUCCAGGACACCGUCCUCAGCGAGGUCGGUGCAGUGCACAGCAUUGCGGACGCGAUCAUGGCCGAACUUAGCACGGAUCGUCUGUGGCUGGAGUUCCUUGGCCAUCUCGACGUCCCAGGGACCAGCGCUGGCACGGAACUGGGUCACGACGUCUUUGGUGUGUUGCCCCACCAGCUCCAUCGCUAGACAAGGACCGGUGGUAAAGUGGUCCACAGACUCGUUAAAGUGCGGCACGACACCUUCAUAGACCUCGAGGAAUUCUGCAGCGGUGGUGCGAUCGAGGGUGAAGAGCUCCAUGGCCGUGAUCCGGACACCGCCGUCGCGCUGGAUAGCAGACACCACCUCUCCAACCAGCCCUUCCUUUAUCACAUGUGGGAGCACCACGCAACACGUACAGUGCUCGAAUGUAGCGGUCGGGGCGUGUGGCGUCUCGAAGUAGAAGCUGCGGAGCUGUUGCGCUUCUAGAACGGACGACGCGCUCUCGAACUCGCCAGGUUCGGCGUCAAAGCGUGUGCUUAAGUUGCUCACUACUUGCUUAAGUGUCUCGAGGCAGUUCUCCUGUACGAGCUCCAUUGCUACAAUAGGGGCCCCAGCCAGUUGAUUAACUCUCAGUUCAAAGUCGUCCGUUCCGCGUUGCAACUCGAACAACUUCUCUGCAUGGGGACGUCUCACUUGCAUCAUCUUAACCGCAGAGAAAGCGAACUGCUGGUGCGAAAGGAAUUCCAGCACGGCACCGACAUGGUCCACCAUGCGUGCUUUGAUCACUAACACGGACUUCUGCUGCUGUCGCCCGAGCUUCUCGGCUGUGAAUGGGUCUAGAUAGUCCUGUAGCUCGAAGUGGCGGCCGUAGAUAAGCACCUUGGCCCCCAAGAAAAAGUCCUUGGCCGAAAGUGUGGCUGGACAUUCGCUCUUCUUGAGGAACAGGCGACUAGUUUUAGUGUCGAAGAUCUCGACGUUGUGCGUGUCCACGAAGUACCGCACAUUGUAUUGGCGAUUAAGUCUGCACCAUUACCAAUACAACGGGUUAGUCAUCGGUGCUCUGUAUCAGCAGACCUAAUGCAAUGACGCACUGGGCAUGUGUGUCGAACCAACGCGCCUUGAACGAGUAGAUAGUCUCUCGAAUCGCCUGCAUGACUCUGCACUGCGUAGGAGAGCACUGGGAUAGUGGAGUCAACACUUAAUACUACUCAGCAAGCUUUUAUAGUCGCUA